AUGUUGAUCCUACUCGCCCUAGCAUGGGCGGUUGCGGCCAAAAACUGCAAAAAUAUCACCGUGCCGAUAUCCAUCAGCUCGAGGAAUAGUGUCAUCAAUCUGAAUAUCCCCAAGACUGAGAUCGAAGUCACAAACAUGCUCCUGGAAUUCAGCAAGCGAAAUACAAACUAUUCGCAGAGCAUCAUUACAGGCCACACUUCAAUCACGAAGGACUAUAAACUUGCCACUACCUACUGUGAGCCUGAAAAUGGCCCAGGCCACACACUUCAGGUUCUGACUCACGGCCUUGGUUUCGACCGGAGCUACUGGGACUUCUCGUACAACAACUACAACUACAGCUACGUCAACCAAGCAAUCCGCCAGGGUUACUCUACUCUCUCCUGGGAUCGGUUGGGCGUUGGCCAGUCAUCUCACGGCGACCCCCUCUCCGAGAUUCAGAUCGCCCUCGAGACUGCUGCUCUGAAAGCUCUCACAGAACGAGUAAAAGACGGCAAAUUGGGCGAUGUCAAGACCAAAUUUUCUAAGAUGGUGCAUAUUGGUCAUUCUUAUGGCUCGGCCAUCACCUUCAGCCUCUCCAGCAUGUAUCCUAACAUCACCGACGGCAUCGUCCUCACCGGGUUUAGCCAGAAUCCCAGUUUCGUAGCGAACAUCGCUCUCGGCGGCAACUUCGCUCCCGUCAAGGAGAAUCCGGUCCUCGCCAACAAGUACCCCGAGGGAUACCUCGCCCCCAAGUCCUCCAUCGACGUACACAUCAUUUUCUUUGCUCCGGGCGACUUUGACCCCAAGGUUCUUGAUAUUGUCGCCUCUGCCGGCCAGCCCGUCACCCCUGGGGAGAUCCUCACGUUUAGUACCAUCGGCUCUGAGAGCCAGUUUGGCGGCCCAGUCCUAAUAAUAACUGGAGAAAAAGACAUUCCCUUCUGCGGUGGCGACUGUUUCAACGCUAUGUCCGUCAACGGCAGUGCUCCGGACCUGCUUGAAAUGUCGAGACCAAACUUUGAGAAGGCGUCCGUUUUCCAAACGAAGGUAGUUCCAGGGGCUGGCCACGGUCUUAACCAACAGUACUCCUCGGGUUUUACCUAUAAGGUGAUCCUAGACUUUUUAAGCCAAACAUGUAAAAUGCACUAG